UGUUUGCGUGGUAUAUUACGGUAAUCGGUAAAAUCUAAACACAAGUAGAAUUAACAAAAAAAACAAGAAAACAACAAAUUUAAUCUGAAUAGCGAACCCACAACGAAGGCCAUAACAUAAUCCCAAGUGAAAAACGUCAGAGCUGUUCAUUUAAUGUUCCAGAAAUCACGCGUCUCUCGGCUCUGCGAACGGGAACGGGAACGUGUUUGGGGCUAGUUUUUUGUGUGCAAAAGUGGACUUAGUGGCUGACGGGCUGCAGCAACUAACUGUGAUUUGGGGAGAGACAUAGCCGCCGCCGCGGCCACAGGAGCGCCCAGUCCUCAACCCGAUUCGCUGGCGGAGGCCAAGUAAACGGGGGCGUCGCGUGCCCGCUUAUAUGUGUGUGCCGUGUGUGUGUGUGUACGUGCGCGGUGUAUGGACAAGAACAAGUUGCAGCGCUCGCGAGUGUGCACUGGUAUUAGUGGUGCUCGGUGUGGCAGUGUGCGUGCUGGGUCUUGAUGUCUGCGCUGUUUCCCAGACGACGACCAAGAGGUGAGCACACAGGUGAAUUAUCGGUGCAAUACGCUGCCUUGGCAACAGAGCCGCAGAGUCACAGUCACAGCCCUGGCCACAGUCGCAUUCAAGAAUAGGCGACCCACCCCGACCCAACGACAACAACAACAACAACAAGCAAAUAAAACCUAAAACGAAAAUGUUGCGUUUUCUGAGCCGUCGCAAGGUGCGCAACAACUACGCGGAUAAUGCCAGCAGCCCUCGCGGUGGCGUCGGCGGCGGUGGCAUGGGCGGUGGCGGGGCCGUCGUGGCCAGCGGCUCCCAGAUUAAGCCGCAGCGCAUCGUCGUGAACAAGAACAAAAUAGACUGCCGCGUCAUACUGCUGGACAAUACUGACCUUUCCAUCGAAUUAUCGAAAAAAGCGUUGGGCAGCUUCCUCUACGAGCAGGUCUUCUAUGCGCUGGACAUCAUCGAGAAGGAUUACUUUGGCCUGCAGUUCAUGGACGCCAAUCAUGUCAAGCACUGGCUGGAUCCCACCAAGCCCAUCAAGAAGCAGGUCAAAAUUGGACCACCGUACACAUUCCGCCUGAAGGUGAAGUUCUACUCUUCGGAGCCCAAUACGCUGCGCGAGGAGCUCACGCGCUAUCUGUUCUUUCUGCAACUGAAGCAGGACCUGCUGGAGGGACGCCUCGACUGCCCGGACGACAAGUCCACCGAGCUCUGUGCCCUGGCCUUGCAAUCUGAGUUGGGCGACUACGAUGAUCAGGAACACUCGGCGGCCACCGUCUCGGAGUUCCGUUUUGUGCCGGAGCAAACGGAGGAUCUGGAAAUAUCCAUUCUGGAGGAGUACAAGACAUGCCGCGGCCUGACGCCUGCCCAGGCCGAGACGGCGUUCCUCAACAAGGCCAAGUGGCUGGACAUGUACGGCGUGGACAUGCACACCGUGCUGGGCAAAGAUGGAUGCGAGUACCACCUGGGACUCACGCCCACUGGCAUCCUGGUGUUCGAGCGUGACCAGAAGAUAGGACUGUUCUUCUGGCCAAAGAUCAGCAAGUUGGACUUCAAGAAGAAGAAGCUAACGCUGAUCGUCAUCGAGGAUGACGACGAUGGACGCGAGCAGGAGCACACCUUCGUCUUCCGAUUGUACAACGAAAAGGCCUGCAAGCACCUGUGGAAGUGCGCCGUGGAGCAUCACACCUUCUUCCGGCUGCGAGCGCCUGUGAAAGGCCCCUCGGCACGCCAGAACUUCUUCCGCAUGGGCUCGCGUUUCCGCUACUCCGGCCGCACCGAGUUCCAAACCACACAGCAGAGCAGGGCACGCCGCACGGUACAGUUUGAGCGUCGGCCCUCCCAACGCUUUGCCAGUCGACAGUCGCAUCUGCUGCGAGAGCGCCAAAAGGCCUCCCAGGAGUCGGCCGCUUCGGCCGUGGCCUCGGUCAAUGCACGAGCUGCUGCAGCCGCCGCCGCUGCUGCGGCUGCCUCGCACUCCAGCCAGACACCAGUUCCAUUGACUCCAGUUGCUGCUCCCACGCAGUGCAACGACAACAACAGCGAUGUCUUCGAUUCGCUGAUUUCCACGGAUCAGUUCAUCACUGUCACGCCCUCGCCCUCUGUGCUCACUGUCAUACAGAACUCUGCCAUCAUUGAACCCGAUGCUGCCUGCAGUGCUUCCAUCAGUUCCUCCACACAUGCGGGGGCCGCGUGCGCCUCCCUGGGUCGCAACUCCCUAAAGUCCAACUUUAGCAACGAUGAUCCGGCGUACAGCAAGAUUGGAUCCAUUGGCAAGGCCGCUGGCUUGACUGUGAAAUUGGAGCCAGAGUACACGCCGCCGUAUUCCCCGAAUGCAACGAAGAACUUUGAUGAGACCAAUCCGUUCAGGAGUGCCGCCUCGCAUCAUGGCAGCUUUGGCAAGGCAUCCAUUAGCUCAGGCCAACUCAGUGUUAAGAGCGGCUUGUCGGAUAAAGACAGAGAGCUAGACUCAUUGCUUAAGUCCAUUGUGAAAGAUCCAUCCCCAUCAGUGCUAGCAAACGAAGCCAUUAACGAUGCUAACAGUAUCAGAGUAACCAUCAACAAGACCUUCGACAUGGACCACAACACGGAGACACUGAAGCGCCUCUCGAACGCCAACGAGAAGCCCAACAACCAAGUGAAGCUGGCCAAUGUGGGCUCCACCUCGCUGCCGCCUGGCAACAUCAAGUGCAAUAUUCUAAAGGCUCGUGUUGAGGAGGAAUUGGGUGCCGGCGGCAAUGCGAAGCUGACCAAUCAGAUGUUUGUGCCUGCCGCCAGCUCUGCUGCUGCCCACUCCGUUAUGCACACAAGCAUCAGCAGCAAUCAUGCACACAGCAGCGAUGGACCGGAUUCCCUGAACGCCACCUACAUAUCAGUGGGAGGCGAUAAGCUGACGCUCAGCAUACCGGAACAGAAACCGGCAACAGGCACGGGCACCACCUCGGGCACCACCAAUGGUAAUCCACCCUUCAGCAACGCCACAUUCGUCUCUGGCUUUACUGCGCCACUGACCCCACCGUCAUCGCUGCCAGCCAUACUCAACAACAACAACAACAACAACAACAGCAGCAGCGCCACCAGUGUAACCACCAUCAGCACGCCCAACAGCCCCACUGCCAGCAUCAGUGUGGUGGCUGCCAACAGCAGUGGCACAGAGCCCGCCGCGAGCGUCGCUGCACCCGCGUUGAGCAAUGCCUCAGCUGCCGAAAUACUCAUUAAUGAAAUAUUCAUUAACAACAUCAUAAACAACAAUGCCGCCGCCAGCAGUAACGGCAGCAGCAGCACUGACAGUGGCAACAACGCAACCGAAACUGGUGCAAAGCCUGCGGCAAAUGCCACGCCCAGCGCCGGCACAUUGCUCUUCUCCACGCUCAGUGAGCAGGAGCGUCUGGAGGCGCAGAAGACAACAAGCCAGAAGCCGAAACCGAAUCCAAAUCAGAACCAGAAUCACAGCGAAGUAGAUGCGCCGCAGAGUGAAAAGAAAAGCAAGAGCAAUUAUCCGGAGAGCAGCCGCGUUCCGUCCAGCAAUAGCAACAGCAACAGCAACGAUAUGGUCUCACCCUGGCUGGUCUCUUCGGAGGUUGUGUCGGCCCCCAAGGGACGCGAGCCGACCAUAAUACGAAAGUCCGUUAUAACAACGCAGUUGUAAUUAUUGUUUAGCCUUUAAUCUUUUACAAAUAUAAGCCUAAAUGUUCUUAUUUAUAUACAUCUACAUAUACAUAUACAUAUACAUAUACAUAUACAUAUUUUAGCUACGCAAAUUCUAGGCAGACGUAAAUGUACUCUCGUAUUUUUUUAAUAUAGACAAACGCUAGACAAGUUUGAAGCAUUCCAUGAGAGAGUGGCAAGAAAGC